AGCCAAGAAAGUACUUUGAUACCGGCCGUUACCUUGGUGACGAGUCCUGCGCUUAAGCAACAAAGUGCUAGAGUGCUAGAUUGAACACGGACGGCGUUUUCUAGCUGGAACAAUUAAGCGAAACAUUACAUUUUACCAUUUGUUUCCCACCUUCACAAGCUUUUUAUUAACGCGAGGAUUAGCACUACAAUGUCAACACAUGAAAAAGAUCUCGAUACAUUUCUCAAGAAUGUUGAUGAGAUAAGCACUUUGGUGAAGGGGUUGAAUUCCUCCAGUGAGUGUUGUCAGAUGAAAGCCAUAGAGAAUGCAGACCGCCUGCUAACCUCUUGGAAGCAAGAAGAACCGUGUCGGACUCCACUCAAUAGGACAGUGAUAAACACCAAGUCAUCCCAGCAGCAGACAGCACCCGCGGAUUCGAAACAUGACUCAGAGAUUAGUUCUGAGAAUUUCAUGAGGAUUUUAGAAAAGGAUGCAGAAGACAGAGCAGAGAGGAGGAAAAAAAAUGAAGAGCUUGCGCAAGAGCUGAAAGCGAAAGGAAAUGAGGCCUAUACUUGCGGUGACUAUGAAACCGCAGUCCUGCAUUACACAGAGGGGCUGGAGAAAGUGCGCGACAUGCAGACGCUCUACACCAAUCGGGCACAGACCUAUAUCAAGCUGCAGAAGUACAAGGAGGCCAUCAGUGACUGUGACUGGGCGCUGCGGUGUGAUGACAAAUGCGUUAAGGCUCUGAUUCACAAGGGAAGAGCCAACCAGGGCCUGAAGAUCUAUACAGAGGCACGAGGAUGCUAUCAAAGGAUUUUGGACAUUGAACCUGGCCGAACUGCCUUGGUAAAACAGUACCUGACCCAGGUGGAUCUGGAGGAGAAGAAGGAAAUGCAGGACAAGGGAGCUCGGGAUGAAUUUGAGAUGGGAAAAGAAGAGGCAGUGACUGUACACCUCCUGCUGGAAAAGCAAAAGAAACCUGAGCAGAUGAUCAUGUACUACUGCGGAGGCCUAGAGCUACUCUCUCAGGCCAUAACUGACUGCACCGGGCAGACACUGUUCAGGUUAGACGACGGCUUUGGUGUCAUCAGCGGCAAUGACACUGUAAAGAGAUGCCUGUGCCAGACCCCAGCCACAGCGUUUUCUGAGGAGCUGUGCAUCUCUGUGCUGAAGCUGUGGAGCGCAGUCUGCAGGGGGAACGAGGAAAACCAGCGGUUGUUGCUGCAGGGCUCUUGGGAAAGGGAGCGCAUGGUACAUCUGCUGGCAUGGGAGAGCGCGGGAGUGCGGAGCCAGUGCCUGGCACUGCUCGGCCUGUUCGCACAGGAGGAACAUGGCCGCGGUUUACUCAUUGGCCUGCCGGAACUGCACAUGCUGGUGAAGAACCUAAUGAAGAGCCUUUGUGAUGAGGAUUCCUCUGCUGAACGUGUGCUCUCUGUGCUGGGUGCACUAGCCACAGAAAAGCGGUUUCGCAUUUCUUUGAGGGAAGAUUUUGCAACAUUAUUUGUUCCUCCUUUUGUAAGAUAUCUGAGAAAUAUCACUUCAACCAACCUCGGUCUGCUGCCUUCACUCAUAUCAGUUUUGUUUAGUAUGACUGCUGACAAUUUCAUCUGCGGAGAGAUUGCCCAGUGCAAGGAAUGCUGGGAAGCCUUCCUUAUUGCCAUGGAGCGAUGUUCGCACUGUGAAUACAGAGACGUCCUUGGUGCGCUGCUGGGCCUGCUGAUAAGGCUUUCCACCAGGCCGUUCCCAGCUGCGCAGGACUGUGCUGUUCCCGUCAGCAGCAUGUGCUUGGACUUGCUCAGCCAUCCUGAGGGACACAUCAUCACUAGGAGCGCAGGCGUUCUGAGUAUGGUCCUCCCGCAGUCCCAGGAUGCAACGCAACAUGCCGUUAAGGGAGGGAUAGUGAAGAGAAUACUCAAACUACUAAAGGGCUCGGGGCAAACCACCACGCGAUGCUGCAUAAAGACCUUGGCAGUGUGCACUGCAUCCUGCCAUCAGGCCCGGGAGGAACUGGUCAAACUGGACAAGAGGCUCCAGACUCUGAGGAGGCUGGUUGGCGGGGCUGGGGAGAUUGAGGGGGGGAAUGCGGCCCUGUGUUUGGGACACUGCCUGGAAAUCCCAGGAGUGGCUGCUUCUCUCUUGGGCACGGACGUGGUCCUGCUGCUGCUCCGCCAAGCUGCCCUCAACGCUGGGGACACCGGGAACGCCGGGGAUGCUGGGAAUGCUGCCAUUACCCUGGGGAAGCUGUGCAAGGCUGAGCCCAGACACAUUGUGAAACUCAGAGAACUUCAUGGCUUGGAAAUACUUCAUUCCUGCUUGAAAUCGGAAGUGAACUAAGGUCAACUGAAAGUGAGCUAAGGUCUUAAGUGUGGCACGCUAAGGGAAGAACUGAAUAUGCAUGUGGCCUUGACUUCCUGCAACCAUUGUGUUGUCAGACAUUACACACCACUCUGAUAUUUAAUGUAAAAUGAUGUCAAAUGUGAAAUAAAGAAUAAAGAAAUACUGAGAUCUAAGGAGAAAGUUCCCUAGAGCAGGGAUACUAGGGAUUGUCAAAUCUGGCCCUCUAAUCCAAAUACAGCCCUGGUUAAGUGAACAAUUUGUGCCACUGAUUGGCCAGACUGUCUUCACACCUGACUCCCAGGUAAAGGGAGGGUGGAAAACAUGCAGUUCUCGGCCCCCCGAGUACUGUGAUUUGAUGAUCCCUACCCUAGAGCUUUUGAGCUUUUGAUAUGGAGUUGUGGAUUCCCAGCACGUUUGAGCUGAAAUUGUAUAGCUGGUGCUUGACAUGGACACUGAAUGUUUCCCCUCGCACUCUCACUUCAUAUGCCUCAUCUGUAGAGCUCUUUGAGAUCUCCUCUUCACUGCAAACGGUCAGGCAAGCUGCUUCCCCAGCCUUUAUACUGAAAAUGUGUUCUCUGCUGCCCCAGGACAAUAAACUCAACACUUAUACCUGUGAUGUUUUCUUACAGUUUUGUGUGAUAGAAGAGAUUUAUUGAUUGAUUUUUUUUGCAUUAUUUUGCACAACAUCAAAAUAGUUUUAUUUUAAUUUGGCCUGUACUUAUUUACCAUACUAUUUAUUAUAUAUUGAUCAGCCUUCGUUUAAUGUUUCAAAAGUGAUUAUUAGAUUAUUAUUAGAUUAGUAUAUUCAACAGAAUAAGACUGGGGAGAAUCUGAAUUGGUACCUGGAAACAAACGUCUGUUCUAGCAUUGUCUGCCUGGGAUAUAAGGUCAAGAUCCACACAGGAUCCAGGUGUAUUCAUUUGAAAUACUUCUGUCCUCAGCAUUAACUAUUUUAUCUUCAUCCCUUUGUCCCUGUUAUCCACUCGCUCAUAGUUUGUAUUUUCCCAACUGAGCUGCUCAACAAGAAACCUAAUCCUGAAAGCUAAUGUACUUUUUUAGUGUCUUUUGUAAUAAAGGAUUACCUUUUCCAGUGAUCACA